UUACAGAUGUUUCUGUUCACGGUUGCACUGAGCUGCGGCUCACGGGCUUCAGCAGAGACAUAAACUUCAGGUGAAAGUCAGUUGUCAAAGACUGGCCGCCUCACUGUGUGUGAGAGCAGCGAGUGGGGCCACUCUCCGCUGUCUCGGAGGCUCUUUCUAAGGAGCCACUUGGAAUCUUAUUUCUGUCAUCCGCUUCAUUUUAAACAACUUUAAAAAAAGAAAUCCCUACACCUGGCGUGGCGAUUGUUCUCCUGUCGCCUCUGCUUGUGUGUCCUGGUAGAAGUGACGUGGCGCUGGUACCCGGAGCUCUCCUCCAUUCCCCGGGAGCGGCGGAGACAAGCUGGUCGCUUCCACGGCGAGUCCACGGUUCCUGCGCGGCGCUAACAUGUCCCGUUUUAAAGCGGAUUUAUUGGGCUGCAAUAGGCGACAUGACUGGCUGUUCUUGGCGGUAUGAACCACUAAAGACCAAGCACCAGAUCGCCACGCAGGAACAGGACCAUGAUUGACAGCCGAGCAAGCUGAGAGGACCUGUCACUCAUCUUCCUAUCAGCGUGUAAGAGGGCUAUCUCCUUGCCUUCCCCCUCUUCCUCCUCCUUCUCCUCCAACACCUCCAUACUCUUCCCUCCCUCAAUCCUCUCUUCUUAUCUUCUCACUGGGCUGGUAACCUCACCAUCCCUCCUAGUUAUCCACUACUCCAGAAACCUGAAAGGGACAGAAAUAGUAAAGAAAAACAGCAACAACAACUCUUCUAAAAAGACUGCUCCACCUGAGGGAAGUUUGGCAAGCCUCCUCACUCCAGUUGAGUGAGUUGUAGUAAGUGGAAGUAGAAGAGGGAUCCCUUGUUGUUACACCUUCAGAAGGAGAUACAGCUCCUCGGGAAGGAGCCGAGAGAGGACCAGUCAUGCGUUUCCAUUUUGCGUUGACGCUGCAGGCGCUGUGGACAGGUGUUUGCCAGGCGGGCAUGCAGCACUACCCUGCAGCGUGGGGCCACUAUGAUGUGUGUAAGUCUCAGAUUUACUCAGACGAAGGCUUAACCUGGGACUACAUGGCCUGCCAGCCAGAGGCAGCAGACAUGACCCAGUUCCUGAAAGUAACUCUGGAUCCCCCCAACAUCACCUGUGGAGACCCUCCGGAGACAUACUGUGCCCUGGAGAACCCCUAUAUGUGUAAUAAUGAAUGUGACGCCACCACAGAGGAACUCGCCCACCCUCCGGAGCUUAUGUUUGACAUCGAGGGCCGUAACCCCACAACCUUCUGGCAGUCCACGUCUUGGAAGAAAUACCCGAAGGCCCUCCUGGUCAACAUCACGCUAUCUUGGAACAAGACCAUUGAGCUGACCGACGACAUUGUCCUUACCUUUGAGUCUGGCCGGCCCGAGCAGAUGGUCCUGGAAAAGUCGUUGGAUUAUGGACGGACCUGGCAACCCUACCAGUUCUAUGCCACUGACUGCCUAGACGCCUUCACAAUGGAGUCCAAGACGGUGCAGGAUCUGACUCAGCAUACCCUGCUGGACAUCAUCUGCACUGAGGACUACUCACGAGGUUAUGUGUGGAAGUAUGAUAAAACAGUGCGCUUUGAGAUCAAGGACCGCUUUGCGCUUUUUGCUGGGCCCCGGCUCCACAACAUGGCUUCACUCUAUGGCCAACUGGACACUACCAAGAACCUGCGGGACUUCUUCACCAUCACAGACCUGAGAAUCCGUCUGCUCCGGCCCGCUACAGGAGCUACCACGGUGGACGAGAAUAACCUGUCCAGAUACUUCUAUGCCAUUUCUGACAUCAAAGUCCAGGGCAGGUGCAAGUGCAACCUUCACGCUAACAGCUGUGUAUAUGACAAAGAGAAGUUGAGCUGCGAGUGUGAACACAACACAACUGGGCCUGACUGCGGACGCUGUAAGAAGAAUUACCAGGGCCGGGCAUGGAGCACUGGCUCCUACCUGCCUAUCCCAAAGGGCACAGCCAAUAUCUGUAUUCCUAAUAACAUUGGUCCAGUUAACUGUGAAUGCUUCGGCCACUCCAACCGAUGCAGCUACAUCGAGCUGCUAAACACCGUCAUUUGCGUGAGCUGUAAGCACAACACUAGGGGCCAGCACUGCCAGCUAUGCAAGCUGGGCUACUACCGCAAUACCUCAGCAGAACUGGACGAUGAAAAUGUGUGCAUAGAGUGUAAUUGUAAUCCCUUUGGCUCAGUCAGUGAUCGCUGUAAUGGCACAGGAUUGUGUAUAUGUAAGGAGGGCACUACAGGGCCUAAGUGUCAGCAGUGUCUACCCGGCUAUUUGUGGGACGAUGGCUGCAAAUCCCGGGUGUGUGACAACGAGCUCCUGCGCUGCCAAAAUGGCGGAGUGUGUGUCAACAACGUCCGCUGCAGCUGUCCCUCAGACUACUCAGGCCUGCUGUGUGAAAAGCCCCGCUGCGAGUCGGAGCUGGGGGGCUGCGGGGGCCCCAAUUCAGGCCAGGCCCCCCUGACGCCUCCAUCAUCCCCCAGGCUGUUGCUGCUGCUGCUGCUGCUGGGCACGGCACUGCGGAGAGAGGCCUCCUGCUGGCCCGCUGUGCUCUGAAGAGACCCAUGACCUUUAACCUUCCCAUCCCCCCUUUCAAAUAAUCAACAACCAUUAAACAAGAACAACCAUGAGCUUUCUGGACUGUACUGUAACGAGCUUCUCCGCCGCCAGACUCAAUGGACACUCGCGCUGACAAUAAAGGGAAUGUGCCAGACACAUGAGUGCAAAAAAAAC